AAUCAACCUCAGAUAAUGAAACUUAUCUGCAAUCACCAUCACAUGUCUCGGCGAUCAUGAUUUGCGGUCUCUGGUUCUACCGUAAGUAGAGACUAGAGAGGUACCUAGGCAGGCAUACGUCUAGCAAAGGUCGGGUUCACCAAUUCAUUUCUGACUGACAUGACAUCUUCGCUCUUCACCCUGACUGUCUAAUUUAACCGCCAUGAGAGGUUAAGAUAGACCGAUGCUAUCACUAAUACUCUAUGGAAUCUAUCGAGCAGUGUUACUGCUGAACGUGGGAUCUUUCGCACCUCAACCUUUUUCAAGUACCCUCAUGCACUUCAGAUAUCGUUAGGGUCAAUAUGCGAUGACAGUUCACGAGACAUCUGAUCCCUGGGAUAUGCCCAAUGUUGGCCCCUUUCCCACCGCUGGUUGCUGAGAAGAUGGGCGAGGUGCGUUGUCUAUGUGAUUCUCUGCAUGGUCAUUAACUAUACAUCGGAUGGCUCUUUGUCUACGACACUGUUCCACAACAACAAGCAUGCAUGAACACCCCUGAAUUAUGGUGGCUUUCUUUGGACUGCAAGCUUCGAUGCUGACUCUUUGAUCCCGUAUCACUGGAGUGAUGAGGCAGGCAGCCUAUCACUGUCGUCCUCAGUGGUGCUGCCUAUGUCCGUUGGUCGGUCACAUCGGCCAUAUGGGAUAUAUUCUUUGCGAUUCCAGAUUGUCUCGACAUGGAGACCACUGAUACUGUCAACGCCCAAGUAUACCAGGUUGAGAACAAAAUCCCGAUCCAAUAUGAUUUCCAUCAAGAGUACAGCGGGGUUGUUUGCUCUUCUAUCCUUCGAUAUCUCUCAAGCCAUCGAUCCACUCGUGCCUGCGUACAUCAUGGUCAAGAAUUACACAGGGCCAGGUUUUUAUCAGAAUUUCGACUUUUUCUCCAAUCAUGACCCUUCCAACAGUUUCGCCAAAUACGUCGAUCUAACCGACGCAAACAGCACUGGUUUGGCGGGAUUUCAAAGCUCCAACAACGACGAAUCUGACCCUGUUUACCUUGGUGUUGACCAUCAAACUAUCACUCCAAACAGGCGACCAAGUGUACGACUCGAAGGACAGGAUACAUUUAAUCAUUCCCUCAUCGUGGCAGACAUCCGCCAUAUGCCUUGCGGCUGCGGCACAUGGCCCGCUUUCUGGCUCCUCGGGCAGGGCGCGGACUGGCCCAGCGCAGGCGAGAUAGAUAUAAUCGAGGGUAUAAAUAACCGGAAUGUCAGCACAAUGGCUCUGCACACCAAAAAGGGGGUUUUUGUUGCCAACUUGACCAGCGCAUAUGCGGGCAACACGCAGAUGGCUGGCACAUUCACCAACCUGGACUGCAAUCUUGACAGUGGCGGAACGACUGGUUGCACAGCCAAUGCAUCUUGGAAGAAUUAUGGUGCCGAGUACAAUGCCCAGGGUGGCGGCGUGGUUGUCACGGAGUUCACGAGCGAUGCGAUCAACAUCUGGUCAUUUCCACGCGACAGCAUACUCCAAGAUAUUCUGUCGGGCUCACCGAACCCUCACCCUCAAUACAAUGGUAGUCAAUGGGGUCCACCGGAAGCAAAGUUCGUCCCCAGCGUCAACAGCUCAUCCUUCGAUGACCACUUUUUCAACCUCAAGCCGAUCUUCAACACGGCUUUCUGUGGUCCAUGGAUUGAUGGAUUGUGGAACACGAGCGAGUGCGCUUCUUUGGCCCCGACGUGCUCCGAAUAUGUGUCGAACAACCCCCCUGCCUUUUCUGGCGCGUAUUGGGCUAUCGAAGGGAUUCAGGUGUACGAGCCUCUCGUGAAUACCACCACAUUUGGUCCCACCACGCCGCGAUUUAAUCCGGCUUAUACUAACGAGCACCGUGGUCGCCUGGAAGAUUUCCAAACAUACUGAAUUGGCUCUUGUACAGUUUCUCUUGAUAUACCGUGUCAGUUUGUAUCCUCUAGGCCAGCAAGG